UGUAAAUACCAUUAUGUGUAAUACGCUCUCGACUUAAUGCAGGCGUCCACAAGCUUAACUCAGGAAUCCGUUGUCCUCGGGCUGAGCACGCCAGUCUCAUUACCAUGGUUCCCGUUGAUGAGCUAUAAAGAAAGCUUCUCGGCUCCAAAACCCGUUCAAAGAGAUGAUAUCUUUGUCCUGUGCCGGCUCUGUAUCUUGAACCUCCGUACCUCUUAUCUUCUCAGGCUUUUACAUACCAACAGCCAUGUCUUAUAUUGACAUUCUCGAGGAACAUCCUUACAAUGCCGUGUACAACUUGGAGAAUCGAUCAUCCACUGACAAGAGAUGGGCUCGGGACUACGCCCCUAUCAAGGCCGACCCGUCACGAUUGCACACCAUCAUGGACGCCAGCGGCAUCUUGGUCCCUGACUGGUCUUUCUUCGUCCCUGCGCUUAGUGACGAUACCAUCCGGCGACAGGAAGUAUCCUUACGAACCAACAACAUGCGUCGGUGGGUGUUGGACAGUGAAGAAGAUGGCGCUGGAUACUUCCUUGUCGAGAUUGUAUCCCCCGUCUUGUCAAAAUUUGUCAACUUUCCGGGCAUCAUUUAUCGCUCCUUUGGUUCACAGAACGGCGUGAUCGUCGAUUGCGCUUUUGAGUGGGACGGUCGUCGCAUUGCAAUAGGGGAAUAUAAACGAAACCUCAUCGACGCUCGAGCGUGGUACACCUCGGACUUCGACAAACUUCCAAGCCAGAACAAACUCACCCGCGAACUACGAGGGUAUGUCUGA